UCAAACACCCCAACAUGCAUGUCAAAGCCUCGCUGUCCAUAACGUCACUCGGUCAUGUAGGGGAGAGCGUGAGAAGUAACUCUUUAUCAGAACGUUCGAGGAGGAGAGAAGUGAGUGAUGAGGAAAGAUAGAGGUGAAAUGACGGCUAGCUGACGGAGAGAGAUAGAGGCCUGGAGGCUACGUGUGAGCGAUAAAGAAACAUUGGUGAACGCAACAACCUUAACCCAGAGACAGAGUAAGACCGAAGUAUGGCCAAAAACACUGCCGAGCCUCAGAUUGACUGUGAACUACAGCCACAGUCUGAUGCCCUUCCUGAGCCCCAUCUUCUCCCUAAGCCCCAGCCUCAAUUCAAGAACCUUUUUCUCCCUAAGGCCCAGCCUCAGUUGCAGAGCGAUUUACUGUCUGAAACCCAUCCCCAGCCUCACCCCAAUCCCUUUCCUGAGCCCCAGCACCAGGCUGAAGAGGAACAGCACCAGGCUGAAGAGUGGAAGCCCCAGAUUUGGAAGCGUCACCACAUUCUCCUUCUCCUUCUGGGCUCUUCCUUCUGUCUCUCCAUACUAGGUCUGAUCUACUUCUUCCAUCAGCACCCCCCAGUAGAGAAACCACCAGCCUCUACUCCAUGUACCUCCCCUGCUUGUCAGAGGGUUGCGACCCGCUUGGCAGUCACAGUCGACCCCUUCGCUAAUCCCUGUGACUACUUCCUGGAUACCUGUGGCUAUAAGGAUGGGGGUUCUCUGUAUUUUAGAGGGCGACAAAGGGGGAAGAAUGUCCCCCUCCACCUACAGGGCCUCAAGAGCAGGGUCACGGGGUUAGAAAAAGAGUUGGGGAGACAGACAGACAGAAGAGACGGGGCUCCAGUAAACCGAAUGUCAGCGAGGGUUGAUGCAUUACUGCUGGCAUUGAGGGAUGUCUUGGAAUCUGAGGACUGCUCCAGCCCGGGUGACUCGGCAAAGCAGAAGGCCUGCAGGUUCUAUCGGUCCUGCAUGGACAUUGGGCCCACUGAAAAUGCUGGGCCAGAACCCUUCCUCUGGCUAGUCCACCAGCUGGGCGGCUGGGCAGUAUCAGGUCCAUGGAACCAGACGGAUUUCAACUCAACUCUGCAUCUACUGAUGAGAGACUAUGCCACCUUCCCUUUCUUUAAUGUUUAUGUGGGCAAGGAUCCUAACGAUACUCAGGGAGACAAGAUGUACAUACAGAUUGAUCAGCCAGACUUUCAGAUACCAAUUGAAUGGAGCAACAAGACUCUGAAGUCCAAAGCAAACACGCAGAUUCUGCGUCCGUUCCUUGCCUCGUGUCAAAAGUUGCUGGACCUGUUAGGCUUUCCCUUCAGCAGUACCAGCAUCCACGUAGGUCUGUUCAUCUCCCUGUCCUCUGAAUUGGCCGUAGAGGCCUCUCCUCUAGCCCAUCGUCUGGAGCGGGGUCUACUGUACCAACGCUUAACCAUCAAAGAGCUACAGACCCUGGCCCCUGCCAUUGAUUGGCUGGGUUGUCUACGGGCCACCUUUCAUCCCCAUCCUGUAAGCCAGUCGGAUCAUGUCCUCCUUCACAACCUUCCAUACAUCAUCCACAUGUCCCGCGUAAUUAGCAAAUGGCUGGACAAGCAUGAAUUGAGUAACAGUGGUCCUCUUCACACCUUCAUGGUCUUCAGUCUUCUCCACACCGUCAUACCCGCGCUGGACUCCAGGUUUGCUCAGACCGAGAAGAAAUUCUCCUCAGCAUUGGGGACUGAAGAGGAGGAUGUCCCUCGCUGGAAGCAGUGUGUCCUGCAGACCGAGAAAGGAUUCGACAUGAUACUGACACACUUACUGAGAGAGACCAUUGGACCUAUAGAGGCAGAGGAGAUGGUUCAGAAUAUUUUUUCGUCUAUCAAGUCCAAACUACCCGAUGUAAUUUGGACAGAUGAGGAUUCUCGUAUUUCUGUUUUGAAUGAGAUUUGGUCUUUAACACCAAGACUUGAAAACAACACUUUCAGUGUAGCUGAGCUGAACCAAUUAUAUUCAAAGGUGACAAUCCAUGAACACAACUUUUUUUCCAACUACAUCCAGACUCUUUCUCUCCAGCAAAAGAGACGAAACAAACUCUUUUCCCAGUCUGAACGAGCUGAUAUUUUGUCCAUCACCCCAUUUCUCUCUAGAAAUGAGCUCAUCUUUCCCAUAGGGAUGUUUGUCCAGCCUCUAUUCCAUCCUACCUAUCCCAGAGCCGUAAACUUUGGGGUGCUGGGGACUUUGAUGGCCAAGGAUAUUCUCCAGCUCCUUCUACCUAACAUCCAUUCUCAGAGUGCGUCUCCCAGCUCCAUAGCGGAGUGUGUGAUGUCUCUGUAUUCAAAUGUGACAGAAGGCAGAGGGAGAGUGGGGGCAUUGACACCUAGGCAACAUCAGGAGAUGUGGAUGCAGUACUCUGCCCUGCAGGUGGCGCUACAGGCGUACAAAGAGAGUUUGAAGAAGUAUCCUUGGGACUUUACUCUCUCAGGCCUUUCUCACAUUCAUCUGUUCCUCACCUCAUUCAUCCGGAUCAACUGUGACACUGACCUGUACAAUGAGUUCAUGCCCUUUGAACACUCCUUCCUGGUUACUGUCAUCUGUGGAAAAUCUGACCUCUGCCCUACUACCUUCACCUGCCAGGGCAAACCCCAACGGCAUUUCUUACAGAUGUGCUGACUAUUUUCAUAUCUCCUCAUGGUUCACAAUUUAAAUGGCAAUAGCAAAGUCAAAAUCCAACUGACCAAAUUAGAUCAUUCAAAAGACAUUCAUCAUUCCAUUGUCCAGGGGAUGAGAGAGUUCUGACUGGGGAAUGAAAUAAAACUAACAUCGAGUAUUUAGUUUAAUUGAAACUGCGUAGCGGCUGAAUUAGAAUGUUUAUGUACGUAUAAGCACCUUGUUAUCCAUAAGGAUACAAUUACAGUUAUGUGAGGAGACUGUGACAAAGAUCCAAACAGUGUUAGCGAAAGAAUGUGUAUGACUACGAAUAUUGUGAAUGUACAUAGCAGUCCGAGAUGUGUGGCUGAUAUUUCUAUAAAAUAAAGUUCCAUGUUUGUGAA